AACAUACACACACAAAAUCACGCACUGACACACAUACAAACAUCCCAUAACCUGACCAAAAAGCACACACCAAAACACACACAGAGAGACGGAGAGGGAUUUUGAUUUGUCCCAUAACGUGAAUAGUAGUAAAAGAAGAAAAGCAGAGAGGAGAGUAGAAUCGAACGAAUCUGUGCAUGUUGUGUGCAAAAUCUUUAAUUUAAAGCGCCGGCUUACGUUAGCGCCACGACUCCCCACAAGAUUUUGUUCCCUUCCCCAUAAGCGCUACACCCUGCACCCCAUUCCCCUCCGCCGCUGUGCGCAUUUUUGUUUAUCCUUCACCUUUUCUUCUACCUUUAUCCAUUCUCUCUCCUCUCUCUCUCUCUCUCUCUAUAUAUAUAUAUAUAUAUAAGAGAGAAGCAAUCAAUCUUCAGUAGUUGUAUCCAUCGUACAUAGAAUGGCUACCAAGUUUCUACUUACCUUUGCAAUAUGUCGGCUGAUCGUGACCGUCGGAUUAACUCUAGAGCCAACCGAGCUGCUCCGUCUCGAAUUGGAAGGCCAGCUGAGUCUGGAUCCAGCCGACGUGGGCUCCGCUUCCCGUGACUUUGGCGGUAUGCAAACCGCCCAUCCAAUGGCCGUUCUCCACCCGGCUUCGUCUCAGGACGUCGCCCGCCUUGUAAAAUCAGCGUACGAAUCGGCUCAUGGGUUCGGCAUCUCUGCCAGGGGCCACGGCCACUCCAUAAACGGCCAGGCUAUGACCGGAACGGUCAUUCAAAUGAGCGGCUCUCGCGGGAAGCCGGCUCCGCCCCGGGUUUCGGAGAAAUCCAUGUACGUGGACGUGUGGGGAGGGGAGCUAUGGAUAGAUGUUCUCAGGUCCACCUUGGAGUAUGGACUCGCACCCAAAUCAUGGACUGAUUACUUGUACCUCUCAGUUGGAGGUACUCUCGCCAAUGCGGGAAUCAGUGGACAAGCUUUCAAUCAUGGCCCUCAAAUCAGCAAUGUGUAUGAGCUCGACGUUGUUACAGGAAAGGGUGAGCUGUUGACAUGUUCCAAGGAACAAAACUCGGAACUGUACGAUGCUGUUCUUGGGGGGCUGGGACAGUUUGGGAUCAUCACGAGGGCAAGAAUUGCACUUGAAAGAGCUCCCAGAAGGGUGAGGUGGAUCAGAGUGUUGUAUUCAAAUUUCACGGCUUUCACGCAAGACCAGGAAUACCUCAUCUCCUUGCAUGGACAACCUCAAAAAUUUGACUAUGUCGAAGGUUUUGUAAUAGUUGAUGAAGGCCUCAUCAACAACUGGCGUUCUUCCUUCUUCUCACCGCGUAAUCCUGUCAAGAUUUCGUCUCUCAAUGCUGAUGGAGGCGUCUUGUACUGCCUGGAAAUUACCAAGAAUUAUCAAGAAUCCAAUGCUGAUACCAUAGACCAGGAGGUGGAGGCUCUGUUGAAGAAACUUAAUUUUAUACCAGCAUCGGUGUUCACAACUGAUCUUCCGUACGUGGACUUCCUGGACCGGGUUCACAAGGCCGAGCUGAAGCUGAGGGCCAAGAAUCUGUGGGACGUGCCGCACCCAUGGCUAAACCUGUUUGUACCUAAAUCAAGAAUCGCAGACUUCGAUAAAGGUGUGUUCAAGGGCAUUCUGGGCAACAACACAAGUGGUCCUAUUCUCAUCUACCCCAUGAAUAAGAACAAGUGGGACGACAAGAGUUCAGUAGUGACGCCAAAUGAAGACGUGUUUUACUUGGUAGCGCUUCUUAGGUCCGCAUUGGACAAUGGCGAUGAGACGCAGGGUCUGGAGUAUUUGAGCAACCAAAACCGUGGGAUCUUGCAGUUCUGCGAUGAGGCCGGAAUCAACGUGAAGCAGUAUCUCCCUCAUUACUCCACGCAGCAAGAAUGGAUGCGUCAUUUUGGAGAAAAAUGGAGCCUCUUUUCCAGAAGAAAAAUGGAAUUCGACCCGAGACAUAUUUUGGCCACAGGGCAACGUAUAUUUGCACCUUUGCUUAAUCCCAGGGGAGCUUCGUUCUGAGGAAAAAUAUGAUAGAUUUAUUGGUUGAUUAUGUAUAUACGCCACAUAUUCAAAUAUGUAAAUAUAGGCAAAUUAAUUAGAUGAAUUUUCAGUUAGAAAUAUUGCACAAUUAUUAGUAUUCUUAUUCUUUCUUAUUUCAUUUUUAUUUUUAGUGUUGUGAGGAGGAGGGGUAGUAGUAUAUGAUAUCGAUUACCUUUUUUUUACAAGAUUGAAAUAUUGUCCAAUUGGGAUAUAUAGGUGAAGAAAUCAGAUUGAAAAGGGUAGAUUUGUAAUUUUGUUGCUCAUAUAAAUUAGUGUUUCAACUGAGAAUCAAACUUAUA